AUGGAUAUUUCCGCAAGACCAGAAGAAUGGAAGGAGAAGGAGAAGGAGAAGGAGGAGAAGGAGAAAAAGGAGAAGGAGAAGGAGAAGGAGAAGGAGAAGGAGGAGAAGGAGGAGCGGAAGGAGAAGGAGGAGAAGGAGAAGGAGAAGGAGGAGAAGGAGGAGGGGAAGGAGAAGGAGGAGAAGGAGAAGGAGGAGAAGGAGAAGGAGGAGAAGGAGAAGGAGGAGAAGGAGAAGGAGGAGAAGGAAAAGGAGAAGGAGGAGAAGGAGAAGGAGAAGGAGAUGGUGGAGAUUGCAAAUGAGAAAGAGAAGAGAAGAAGCACUAAGAAGGAGAGGGAGUAG